UGGUGAGGUCGGAGCACCCGCGUCAUUUGCUGAAAAUUGGGUCCAAAAUUAGACCGUCUGCGAGCUUGAACGGCACUACAAUUUACAGAUCAAGUAAAGACUGUUAUCGCUAAAUGGGGGAAUACGGUUUCGGGCUCAAUACGAGUAAUUCUAGGGCUUUGUCACCGAUUGAGUUCUACAACAGCCUGAACACGACGACGUCUUUGUUUUCCUCCGAAUCCCCUACCAUGCAAGAUGAUAUGUUGGCAGAUAAUACUGCUGGAAAGCAGCAACCACAACAGCUUUCUCCCGGCAUGGAUCACAGUUCGGAUAAUUCAGAAGAAUUAUCUCCACUAGGCAAGUCAAAAUCAGAGGAUUCGAGUCCCGCAACCGUUCCCGACAAGAUCAAGAACAUACAAGCUGAUAUUGCGACCUCAUCAACAUCGCCAUUGCAUCAGUUGGGAUUUCAGGACGCCGGCAACCCUCCACUUGCACCAAGUUUCUGGUCAACAGCAUCAGUUGACGAUACAUUUAUGCAAGGAAUACCGACUAUGAACGGUGGCGUUCAAUUUCAGAACUUUCCCCCAAAUCCAGCUCAGAUGUUUAACACAUCUUUAGGGCCUCAAAUAAAUUUGCCACAACCACAGCAGACGCAACAGCAUCACCAGCCUCCAGCUCAGCGGCGUGCCCAGCAUCAACCUACACAGCAACAACAAACGCUUUUCCCUACAUCAUCCCAAGCUUUAAUGCAACAACCACCUACGAAUAUCUACAUGCAGCCUAGCAAGCAGUAUACAAAUUGGAGUAGCCCACAACAACCAGCGACGUGGGCAGCCAAUCCGCAAAAUGUACAGACUUCGCCAUGGGGGACAGUCGGUGGCCCGCAUAACCAACAACGCAGGUCAGCUCCAUCUUUAAAUCCCGGUCCGAUAUCGCCCAUGAAAAAAACGGGUCAUCAGCAUCCUGUCAUCUCGCCUUCAAAAUUUACACGAAGUACAUCACUCCCAGGAACAAAGGCGUUCCCCAACCCAGGUUUAAAUCCUAGCUUUGAGAUUACUUCAGUGGACGAUAUGAAGAGGAAUGACCACCAUCACACGAUGCUGUCUUUUCAUCAGGACCGGAAUACCCAGAACUAUGAUAGUAUGAAAUUUCCAGCAUUGGAGCACCAUCUUAUGGAUAUCAUGCGAACUCCUUCAGAUCAUCUGGACAGUCACUUGAGAGCAAGGACAUAUGGAAGACGGCGAGGUCGUAGUCCAUUCUUUCCAGGAGAUGAUUCAUUUUUGGAUGAUGGUCAUUGUGCUGACCAAAUUGUACCAUCUCUCAAUUCUCCCUCAAGAAGCUCACCUAAAUCAAAUUCAUCAGAUUAUCCUGGAGAACGCUACUCUCGUAAAGUGUUUGUAGGUGGUCUACCUCCAGAUAUUGAUGAAGAGGAAAUUACUGCAAGUUUCCGUCGUUUUGGUAGCCUUGUUGUAGACUGGCCACAUAAAGCAGAGAGCAAGUCUUACUUUCCUCCCAAAGGAUAUGCUUUCUUGCUCUUCCAAGAUGAGAGAUCAGUUCAAGAGUUGAUAGAUGCUUGUCUCAAGGAUGGUGACAAAUUGUACUUGUGUGUAUCAAGCCCUACAAUCAAAGAUAAACCAGUACAAAUUCGUCCUUGGAAUCUUGCUGAUAGUGACUAUGUGAUGGAUGGGUCGCAGCCAUUAGAUCCUAGAAAAACUAUCUUUGUUGGUGGUGUUCCAAGACCAUUAAGAGCAGUUGAGUUGGCAAUGAUUAUGGAUCGUCUUUAUGGUGGUGUUUGUUAUGCUGGGAUUGAUACAGAUCCAGAGUUGAAAUACCCCAAAGGAGCUGGUCGUGUGGCAUUUUCUAACCAACAAAGCUACAUUGCUGCUAUCAGUGCUCGGUUUGUGCAAUUACAACAUGGAGACAUUGACAAGAGGGUGGAAGUGAAACCUUAUGUUUUGGAUGACCAAAUGUGUGAUGAAUGCCAGGGAGCACGAUGUGCGGGCAAGUUUGCACCAUUCUUCUGUGCUAAUGUUACCUGUCUGCAGUACUACUGUGAGCAUUGCUGGGCAACUAUUCAUUCUCGUGCUGGUCGUGAAUUUCACAAGCCACUAGUUAAAGAGGGAGCAGACCGUCCACGUACUGUUCCCUUUCGCUGGUGUUAAAUUUACAUCUGAUGCCGUACCCAGAAGCAUAGAGAUAACUAAAAAG